AUGGUAAUGCAGGAGGAGAAGAAGCGGCAACAACCUGUGACAAGAAGAGUAAGGUCAUUUUCUGAGUCCUUUAAAAACCUUUUCAGGCCGCCUCGUUCAAGAGAUUCAAGUCCUAUUAAUGUCACCCGAAUUCCUUAUCGAUCGUCUUCUACCUCACCCAAGAGAAGCUCUGAGCCACCAAGACGAUCAACCGUAUCCGCACAAAUUUUAGAUCCAAAAAAUUCUCCAAUACGCCAGCGUAGUUAUACAUUGAAGUGUUGCACCCCGGGCCUGUCACAUCCAUUUAGACAGACAGGAAGUGGUGCUAGUAAUAGUCCUACCAGACAUCGCUCUAUAUCUGGGGAAGAACAGGAAAUUGUUAACAGUUUACCAGAAUACAAAAGAUCUGCUUCUCAUACUUUUCAUGGCAUACGGCGUCCACGUUCAAGAAGUUCAUCUGUUUCGUCAUGUGACAGUUCAAAUGGAACGACAAGUUCAUCAGACAGUCAAUGGGCUAUGGAUUCUUUACUAGAUGAUUCAGACAAUGACCUCACACCUUAUCGUGGCUCGAACAAAGAUAUACUGAAAAGUAAAGACCGGGCGCCGUAUAAUUACAUAGAUGACUACAAUAAGAAGGCUUUACGCAGAGCAACAUCAUAUCCAAAUCCUCUCCCCUCCAAGCAAUUCUAUAAUGAAAGGUUAUACACCAGGAGGUCACAUCCAGAUGAAGAAAGUUUGGAGAGCUUGCCUCGAUUUGCAGGAGCAGAUGUGCAAUGUAUAAUUGAGCAAAAUGGCUUCAAAGUUUACGAAGACGGAAGUCAUGAACAUAAUAUAAAGUUAUCAGGGGUAAUUGCGAAAUUAGAGAAAGGUAACUCCUUACCGGCACAUCGACAGGGAUCAUUAUCUAGACCAAGAUUAGGUAUUACUCUUUCUGGUCUAUUCAAACAUCAUAAAAAUGAAUGCGAUAUUGAAAACGCUUUAUCUCUUCUGCCAAACGUAGAAAAAUCUCAGACAAACCAUGAGAAAAGAACCGGUCAAAGUCCUAACGAUAGCAACCGCAGCUCGCCCACGCAAGGAAGGGAAGAUUAUCUAAAAAUAGUGAAUCCCGACGCAUCAUUGGGCAGUGAUGAGUUGAAGUUGAUUAAUUCAUUAUCAAGCAGAAUUCAUAAAAGUUUACAAAAUUAUUUGCAAGAAAAAAAUCUAAAACCGGCUGAGUGUAUCGGCGAGCAAGCACCUACUUUUCAAGAUAAUUAUGGCCAUCCUGUUGGUCUCGUUGGCGCUGGAGCUUACGGUGAAGUUAAGCUGUGUGCCAGACUACGGAAUGAAAAGGACUCCCCCCCAUUUGAAACAUAUCAUGAUAGCAAAUACAUAUACUAUGCUGUGAAAGAAUUGAAACCCAAACCAGACAGUGAUUUAGAGAAGUUCUGUACAAAGAUCACCUCUGAGUUUAUUAUUGGGCAUUCCUUGAGCCACUACCACAAAAAUGGUAAAAAACCAGCCCCCAAUAUUCUAAACGUAUUUGAUAUUCUAGAAGACAGUUCUUCGUUUAUUGAAGUAAUGGAAUUUUGCCCUGCUGGUGACCUUUAUGGUAUGCUGGUCGGUAAGUCGAAAUUAAAGGGCCGAUUACAUCCGUUAGAAGCCGAUUGUUUCAUGAAGCAACUGCUUCAUGGUGUUAAGUUCAUGCAUGAUCAUGGUAUCGCUCAUUGUGAUUUAAAACCUGAAAAUAUUCUCUUUUAUCCGCAUGGUCUAUUGAAAAUAUGUGACUUCGGUACAAGUUCUGUAUUUCAAACCGCUUGGGAAAGGAGGGUUCAUGCUCAAAAGGGUAUAAUUGGAUCAGAGCCUUACGUAGCUCCAGAAGAGUUUGUUGAUGGGGAGUAUUACGAUCCAAGACUGAUUGACUGUUGGAGUUGUGGCGUUGUUUAUAUAACAAUGAUAUUGGGGCAUUAUCUUUGGAAAGUAGCUUCGAGAGAAAAAGAUAUGUCUUAUGAUGAAUUUUACAAGGAAAUGCAGCGUAAAAACCAGUUUAGGGUAUUCGAAGAAUUAAAGCACGUAAACUCAGAGUUGGCCACAAAUAGAAAAAUCGCAUUAUAUCGCAUCUUUCAAUGGGAACCAAGAAAAAGGAUUUCUGUUGGCAAACUUUUAGAUAUGCAGUGGAUGAAAAGUACGAAUUGCUGCCUAAUAUAUGAUUCCACAUAA